AUGGUUGAAAAGGAAGAGAACGACAAAGGGAAUGAUCCCGAAGAAGGCAAGAAGGAUGAUGAGAGCAAAGAAGCAGAAGAGGUGGAAGAACGUCAAGGCAAGGAAAAGGAUAAUGGAGAAAAUGAAGAUGCGGAGGAAAAACAGGCCGAAGACCAGACCGAGGCCGAGGUAGAGAAACCAGAAGGUAAAAAGAAGAAGCCUCCAAAGGCUGCCGCAAAGGCUGCUGCCAAAAGUGGAAAAGCAAAGGCGGCGCCCAAGACAAAAGCAAAGGCUGCCAAGGCCAAGGCUCCAGCCAAAAAGGCUGCAGCCAAAAAGGCUGCAGCCAAAAAGGCUGCAGCCAAAACGGCUGCAAAGCCAACGGGUAAGUCUAAACCUCCGCAGGUUGAUGACGAGCAGCAGGUGGAUGCAGAGGAUGAGGAAGAGGAGGAGGAGGGGGGGGAGGAGGAGGAGGAGUGUGCGUCAAACACGGGCCAGAGAGUCAAGGAAGAACCGGCAGAGAGCACCCCAAACAAGCGCAGAAAGGCAAGCAGUGCAGCAGAGGCUCCAGAGGUAGAAAAGCCAGCCGCACAGAAAAAGAAAAGUAAGAAGGAUGGCAAGGAAGACAACAAGAAGAAGGAUAAGCAGGAGAAGAAGGAAAAUAAAGAGAAGACUGACAAGAAGAAUCAGGAGAAGGCUGUUAAGCCCAAGAAGAAGCAGAAGAAGGCUCCCAAAGACGACAAGGCAGAGAAGCCACAGCCAGAAGCCAAGCCACAGCCUAAGAAGAAAGUGAAGGCGGCCGAUUUCUUCAAGAACUUCAAGAUUGAGGCCAGUGACAUAGAGCCAGGGGAGGAGGAGCAAGAAACCAAGAGAAACCGAGUCGCCGCAAUGGCGUUUAAGCGGUUGUUCCCUGGCGUGCCUGCGCACGUGAAGGAAGAGUGGCAGCGGGUCAACAAAUCCGCGAAGCGGGUGGAAGUGACCCAAUGGCUCAUGUCCCGGAUGCGCAAGGUCGAAGGAAAAUGGACGUUCGUGCUCGAUAACUCUUCGAUUGAGAAGAGCCGCCAAAGGCAUGACAAGGAACACUACGGCAACCUGAACCGUGCGGUGCCUCGUUUCAGGGCCAUCCAAAAGUGCGGGAGCUUUGACGCCUUGAAGGUGGCCCUGCAGAACGGUGAGAUCCGUGAGAUCAAAAGCAGUACCACUGGGAAAACUCUUUACCAGUGGGAGGAGGAGGAGGUUGUCAGCAAAGGUGUUGAGAUGGAUCAUGCCACUACCAUUGGGACCGGUUCUACGGGCAUCGGUUCGGGUGUGUUUGAUGGGCUGUGGGCCGCGUUGGAUUUUUCCAGCUUGCAGCCUCAGGGUGCUUCUCUCACGGCUAUGGGUUCGGGCCUUCCGACGUUCCAGCAGCCAGCUUUGGGCUUUGGUGGUAUUUCCCAGCCACAGGCACCUUUUGGAAACCAGUCACCUCCAAUGAUCGGGGAUGGAUCGCCAACGGGUGGAUGCAUGGGCUUGAUUUCUGAAGAGUUGCCGCAACAGCUGUGGCAAAAGCUGGACGAGGCGCUGAGUGUUGCCUCACAGAGUUUGAAUGAGUCGGCCUCGGUGAUUCAAAAUUUGACGCAGAAAGCGUCAAGCGGCUCGCGACUGGCGAACGAUUUGUUGAAUAGGUUGAAUGCCUCCUAUUCCGCUGUACAGCGCAGUCACAGCAUUAUGACGCAGGUCAAAGUGACCAGGCGUGGUCUGCCAGGCAUGCAGUUGAAUCAACAGAAUGCCAAGGCGAUGCUGCAACAGGCGUUCGAUCAGUUGAAGGAAUUGUAUGAAGCGAUUCAAGUCGGCAAAUCUCUUGCCCGCUGA